GCAAGCCUUGAGACGCCUGGGUAUGUGGGAUUCGCGAACCUUCCCAAUCAAGUGCACCGGAAGUCCGUGAAGAAGGGUUUCGAGUUUACGCUUAUGGUCGUGGGAGAAUCCGGUUUGGGCAAGUCCACCCUGGUGAACAGUUUAUUCCUCACGGAUUUGUAUCCCGAGCGGAUAAUUCCCGACGCAGUUGAGAAAACCAAUCAAACUGUCAAACUCGAUGCUUCAACGGUCGAGAUUGAAGAAAGGGGCGUGAAGCUUAGAUUAACGGUCGUCGAUACACCUGGCUAUGGAGACGCGAUUGACAACACAGAUAGCUUCCGAGCUAUCAUUCAAUAUAUAGACGAUCAGUUUGAAAGAUUUCUUCGCGACGAGAGCGGUCUGAAUAGGAGAAACAUCGUGGAUAAUAGAAUACAUUGUUGUUUCUAUUUCAUAUCUCCGUUUGGCCACGGGUUGAAGCCAUUGGACAUCGAGUUUAUGAAGCAACUUCAUAACAAAGUUAACAUAGUACCUGUAAUAGCGAAAGCUGAUGUACUUACCAAAAAGGAAGUCUUGCGCCUGAAGAAAAGAGUUAUGGAGGAGAUUGAAGGCAACGGAAUCAAAAUAUAUCCCUUACCGGACUGUGAUAGCGACGAGGAUGAGGAUUACAAGGAGCAAGUACGUCAAUUGAAAGAGGCUGUCCCGUUUGCGGUGUGCGGUGCGAAUACCUUGCUCGAGGUCAAGGGAAAGAAGGUACGCGGUCGACUGUAUCCGUGGGGCGUUGUCGAAGUGGAGAACCCAGAUCACUGCGAUUUUAUCAAGCUACGGACGAUGCUGAUCACGCAUAUGCAAGAUUUGCAGGAAGUAACGCAAGAGGUACAUUACGAGAAUUACCGUAGCGAGAGAUUAGCGAAGGGAGCUCCGGUACCGCCCCGACGUCAAACCAUCGCGGACCCCGACAAAAACAGCACUGUGUCAGAGAAGGAUCGCAUAUUGCAAGAAAAGGAGGCAGAAAUACGGCACAUGCAGGAAUUGCUGGCUUCGAUGCAGGCGAAGAUGCAACAACAGCAACCUUGAUCAAACAUGCGUUUGUGUACCGACGUGUGAAGUGAAGGAAACGAUUCCUCCAUUGUUACGAGUGCCAAAAAGAUUUAGAAAACUUUUUUAGUGGCUCACACGAUUCGAGGUCUUGAUUUCGGGCGCAAUAUUUUUCUAAGCUUUGUCU